GUGUGCGUUAUACUUUUCAAUAGUGCCUGAAGCUAGGAUCUCUCUCCAAUUUUUUGACAUAAUUUUUUUUUCAAAUCUUCACACUCUAUUUCAGAGGCUAAAUGCUAAGAAGCAUUUUGAAACAUUAUCAUUCCAUGUCUAAAUAUUUUUACUUCAUAUAAGUAGUUAUCUGAAUAAAGUUAACAGAAAAAAACAAAGUCCUGGAGUCAGUUUUGCCUCAUAACUGCCCCCUGGGUAUCAGAGACCCGUGCUCCACAGGUUUUUCAAUGGCUGUGACCUUCCAGAAGUAGAUCUUUCUUUCUUCAAGGUGCCUCUGAGUGGACUCGACCCACCAGCCUUUCAGUCUGUAGCUGAGUGCUUAAGUGUUUUUGCCACCCAGGUGGCCUAAUUAUGUGAAUAAUAGAGCUCCAAUAUGAAAGUAAAGGAAGCAUAUACAGUAUUAAAAAUACUGCAGCAGAAUUAUGAAGCUGCAGGUAUUCAGUUUCUAGCAUUGGUGUUCUUCAAAAUCCUCAGUUAUAAGCUGCCUCUAGGCUCUUAUGUACCUCUCAAGUGUAAUUUAAUAUUUAAUGCAUAUUUAGAUAACAGUACAAAUGUCCAUUUUUCCUAAUCUCUUGAUGAAGAAACAAAUAAAUUUCCAUCUCACACCUCGUGUUGAGAAGUGAAAAGCAAUUUUUGGAGUUUAGGAAACUUUUAAUUACCUAGUUUUUUUUUUUAUGGUGAUAGUAUAAUAUAUACCAUAUUCUUCAAUUUCCAGUAGAAUCUGGCAGGAAGAAGACAUAAUUUUUUCAAAGAGCAUAGCUGUGUAAAAUGAAUUAAAUGCUCAACAAAUACAGUAAACUAUGGAAAAUAAUUUGGUGCUCUCCGUGGAACUCCAAAGCCGAUGGGAGGAAGUCCUCUUAUCUCCUCUUAACUUAUAGGAAAAGCAGCACUUACCAAUAUAAGUAUUUUUGUUCUUCAGCCUUUCAUCAUUGCAACUCGACAAGAUUUACAUUGCUUUUAUUGUAUUCAUUGAAGAUAGUUGAUUUCCUAAUUAUAAUAUCUACUAAUACCCAAUUCAGUACCUCUUAAAAAAAAUUUUUAGUGUGCUUUAAGUGAAAGUUUACACAGCAAAUUAAUUUUCCAAUCAGAAACUCUUACCAAAAACUGUGUCCGCACUCUUCUCAUUUCCUUCCUGGCUCCCUGUUUCCAUUAGUCAGGUUUCCCUGUCCCUCCCUGACUACUUGCCCUUUUGGUCUCCUGUAGUUGAUCGAAGUUAUUGUUUAGCAGCCCCGUCUGUUAUUGGCCUGAAAGGUGGCCACCAGGGGUGUCUGUAGUUUCACAUUAGAAGAUUGUCUUAAGAAAAUAGUCUCAGGGGUUUCUCCAGCCUCUUUCAAACAAGUAAAUCUGGUCUUUUUUGUUUAUUUAUUUUUGAAUUUGAAUUUUUUUUUUACAUUUUUUCCCCCAUUUUGCUCCAGGCUUUCUAUUGUGAUCCUGGUCAGAGUGGUACCAUCUAGUCCUUCUGGUCUCAGGUUAGAGGAGGCUGUGGUUCAUGUGGGCCAUAUGUCCUUUGGACUAAUUACUUCCUUUAGUCUUUGGUUUUCUUCGUUCUCCUUUGUUCUAGGUGGAAAGAGGCCAAUAGUUUUUUUUUUUUUUUCUGACAUAAGCAAUGUGUGUACAGGGUCACAACCUUGUAAGCAAUGUUUUAAAUGAGAUAGUGUAUUUCCUGUGCAACCAUUUUAUUAUUUAAUAUGAUACUAUUGUAUUUUUCUAUUUGUUUGGUUAUUCUUGAUUCAGAGGCUGCUGGUAGUGCUAUUUUCAUGUAAGUAGUAUCAUUUCAAACCUUUCGUUCUUUUACCUUAAACUGCCAUCCUCAUCCUUCUCUGGCAUUUUUUUUUUUUAAUCUGUGGCUUAUUAGGGAUACAUAUAUACAUUUUAAUUUAAAUAUACAUGUGUUUAUAUGCAUUAUGUACUAUAUAAUAGCUUAAACUAGAGGAUUUCUUUAUCCAAAUGGAAUUUUUAAAUGAAAUUUUGUUAUAUAAAAUCAGUGACAUGGACCUUACUUUCUCCCAAUUUGUUCAAAUUUUCUCUCACUGUCUUAGAUUCUUCCAUGAGAAACUAUAUCUCAUUUGUUACAAACAAUUUAGUAUAUUAGUUAUAAUGAAAAUGCUCCUAGGUUAGGACAUAUUUUAAGUAAAUUUAUAUUCAAAUGCACUGCUGACUCAAAAGUGACCCCAUAGCUGUAAAUAGGCUAUAAAUCUCUAUGGAAGCAGACUGCCACAUCUUUCUCCCAUGGAGCCACUGGUGGUUUUGAACCGCUGACCUUUAGGUUAGCAGUCCAUCAACUUAUAUUAAAAUGUAUUAAGAAGAUGUAUCAUCCAGAAGAUUGGCACAUCGAUGGUCCAAUUUUAGUCAUGGAGUUGAGGAUGCAGGAGGGAAGGGCUGGGCUCAGUUACAUGGAUAACAAACUACUCAACCUACUUAUCAUCAUAACCCUGACAUAGAAGCUAGAUCACAGUAGGAGAAUUUGCAUAUGCAUAUGUAAAGAAAACACCUUUCAGGUAACUUACUGUCAUCAUUUGUCAUUUAAAAAAAAAAACAUCACUAUAUACUUGAUAUUUGAGACUUAUGUCCUGAUAUCUUAAAUGCAUUGAAACAUUUAAUCCUCAUUUUUUUUUCCAGCAACACUGAAGGGAAGUGGUCAUUUUGCACUUGUGAAUAAAGAAAUUAAGGUAUCUUUUUUUUUUUUUAUUCUAUAACCCACAAAGCCAAAACCAAACCCAUUGCCACUGAGUUGAUUCCAACUCAUAGUGACCCUAUAGGACAGAGUAAAACUGCCCCAAAGAGUUUCCAAAGAGUACCUGGUGGAUUUGAACUGCCGCUCUUUUGGUUAGCAGUCGUAGCACUUGACCACUAUGCCACAAACUUUUCUAUUACCCACAAGCUGAGGUAUAAAAAAGACUAUAUCUGUAUGGGUCUACCACCUGGAAUAAUUUCCUGUAUAAAGACAGACUAUCCCCACCACGAUCUAUUAGAUUUUCCUUGUGUUCAAUACUUGUCAAGUAUGUUGUUUCCGACUGUACCACCUGUGGCACAAGGGCUUUUACAGGACUAUGUUUUGAAGUAAGGGAUACUAAAUGUUUCCACACAUUCUGGGAAUUUGCAUUUUGAAAUGUUUUUAAUGAAGUUAACAUACAUAUUAUAAUUUUAUACAUGUCAUUAUGUAAUUGUCAGUAUUGUAAAUGAAAAAAGAAAGUUUUGUAACCACCCAUAUACCUAACACAUCUAAAAUUUUUUACUUUUUUUAUUUUUGCUUCAUAUAUCUAUAUGUAAAAAAAGAAAACCUGUUGCCAUCGAGUUGAUUCUGACUCAUAGAGACCUUAUAGGACAGAGUAGAACUGCCCAAUAGGUUUUCUAAGGAGCAGCUAGUAGAUUCAAAAAGCUGACUUUGUGGUUAUCAGCCAAGCUCUUAACCACUGCUCCACCAGGAAUCCCAUCAAGGUAUAUGUAUAUGUACAUCUACAUCUACGUGUACACGUACACAUAUGCCUUCACCUACAUCUUUAUCUGUGUCUAUCUCUAUCUCUAUGUCUGUAUCAGGGCUUUUCAACUUCCGCCAUAGUGACAUUUUGGACUGGAAAUUUUGUUAUUGUGUGGGGUUACUCUGUAUAUAGUAGAAUUUUUAAUAACAUCCCAGGCCUCCAUUAGAUACCAGUAGUACCCUUCUCCUAGUACUGACACCCAAAAUGUCCUAGGCAUUGACAAAUGUUCCAUGGGCAGCAAAUUUUCCUCAAUUGAUAACAAGUUAGAUUUUUCUUUCUUUCCCUCUAUCUUUUUUUCUUUCUUCAUGUACCUAUACUUUACUUGUGGGAGGCGGGUUUACUUUCAAAAACCUGUAUUGGAAGUUUGGAUUUAUCUUAUUCAUUUAGCAUAUUGCCUUUGUAUACUAAAAAUCUACCAGAUGAUGCUACAUAAAACCGAUUGACUACGCUGAUAUCUCUAUCCAGAACAGGUUUCCUGAUAGACCAAGAUGGAAAAGCAAAAUCUAACAAUGCUAAAUGAAUUCCUUCUGAUGGGAAUCACAGAUCACCCUGGGCUCCAGGCUCCGUUGUUCGGGCUGUUCCUCAUCAUCUACACGAUCUCAGUGGUGGGCAACUCAGGCAUGAUCAUCCUCACCAAGACAGACUCCAAGCUACAAACACCCAUGUACUUUUUUCUCAGACACCUGGCUAUCACUGAUCUUGGUUAUUCAACAGCUGUGGGACCCAAAAUGCUAGUCAAUUUUAUUGUGGAUGAAAACACUAUCUCCUAUUAUUUUUGUGCUACACAGCUAGCUUUCUUUAUUGUGUUCAUAACUAGUGAACUUUUUCUUCUGUCAGCAAUGUCUUAUGACCGCUUUGUGGCUAUCUGUAACCCUCUGCUCUACACAGUCAUCAUGUCACAAAGGACUUGUUGGGUGCUGGUGGCAAUACCCUAUCUCUACAGCACAUUUGUUUCUCUUCUGGUCACCAUAAAGAUUUUUAAUUUAUCCUUCUGCGGCUACAAUAUCAUCAAUCAUUUCUACUGUGACAAUCUCUUCUUGUUAUCCUUGCUCUGCUCAAACACACAUGAAAUUGAAUUGAUCAAUCUCAUCUUAGCAUCUUUUGAUUUGAUUUCAUCUCUUCUAACAGUUCUUGUUUCUUACCUACUCGUUUUUGUAGCCAUUCUCAGGAUGAAGUCAGCUGAGGGCAGGCACAAGGCUUUCUCCACCUGUGGAUCCCAUCUGACAGUGGUGGUAGUGUUCUAUGGGACUUUAAUCUUUAUGUACAUGCAGCCCAAGUCCAGUCAUUCCUUUGACACUGAUAAAGUGGCUUCCAUAUUUUACACCCUGGUUAUCCCCAUGUUGAAUCCCUUGAUUUAUAGCUUGAGGAACAAAGAUGUAAAAUGUGCCCUACAUAGGACAUGGAAAAAAAUACGCAAUGUAUUUUCUAGAGUUUGAUGCAGCAUAUGAUUCCUACAAAUUACACCAUGAACUCAAACCUUGUCUGUGUGCCUCCAUAGGGAACAGUGAGCACAAAUAUAUUCAACAUAUAUUUAUAAAUUGCCUUCUACAUGCUAGUCACUCUUCUAAGUGCAUUGAUGAACAAAAGAGUACAAACUGGUACCUUUCUUGAAGGAAAGAGAUGGAUCACAAACAAUAAUUAAGAACAAUCUAUAGUACAGUAGAAUGUGUUAGGACCCUUGUGGUGCAGCAGUUAAAUUGCUUGACUGCUAACUGGAACGUCAGUGUUUCAAAAAACCAGUUGCUUCUUGGGAGAAAAUUGAAGCAAUCUGCUUCCAUAAAGAUUUUCAGCCUUGGAAACCCUAUGGGACAGUUCUAUUCUGUCCUAUAAUGUUGCUAUGAGUCAUAAUUGACUCAACAGCAGUGCAUUUGGUUUUUUUGAUAAUGUGUUAAAAAAUACCAAACCCAUUGUCCUUGAGUCGAUUACUACUCACAGCAACCCUGUAAGACAGAGUAGAACUGCCCCAUAGGGUUUUCAAGGAGUGGGCAGUGGAUUUGAAUUGCCGACCUUUUGGUUAGCAGCCAAGCUCUUAACCACUGCACCACUAGGGCUCCAGGAGAAUGUGUUGGGAAUCAUGAAAUUAGGCAAGGAGAGUGGAUAUGCUGAGUGGAAGUGGGAAAAAGUACUAGGUACAAAAGUGGAGAUACAAAGAUUCUGGUGUUUUUUUUUUUCAAUUAUUAAACUUUUCAGUGUCAGCACUUGUGUUUAUGUAUGUGUGUGUGUUUGUAAGCCUUUGCCUUCUGUUUUAGUCUUCAAAGUCUUCUGAAGGCUGCAUUAGAUUAGGGCCAGGUUGCGAGGAGUCUCAGAGUAUAUGGCGAUUUAAAGUACUCAGUUGCAUGAAUUGCUUAAAUGCCCCCAUUGCAGAUCUUGGAGUUCUACCCUUUACCCAUUAAUGCCUUUACUUUCACAUGUAAAUCUGUUUACUCAACAUACCUUGAAAUUUUUGCAGUUCAAAAGUUCAGCUCUGCAUCUGACUUGUUUUUGCCUAGAUCAGAAUAUACACCAGUUAAGAUAAAUUUCUUGAGGCCAACCAUAGAGGCUCCCAGGUUUGAAAUCCAUCCCCUGCUGGUUGUUCUUUCUUAAUAAUUAUCUUUUUUUGUUUAAUGGAUGAUCCUUUCUUAUCUAUAUCAACAACUUUUUAAGUUGUUUGUUCAAUUACUUUCUGUGUAUCUCCUUGGGUAACAGGAUAGUCUAUGACGAGUUAAGUUUGCUGCCUCUCUUUCAUUGGUUUGGCUUUCCUAAACUUUGGUAAAUAUUUAUUAUGAAUUUUAUUUGCAUUGACUUUUGUCCACCCUACUUGUGAGCGACAAAAUGAGAUAAUCCCAUGGUUUGUGCUUACCUGUAUUUCUAAUUCAAGUAAGACCUUUUAUGUGGUAAGGAUAUAGUUAUCUAGUUUUACGGACAUAGCUGCAGCAUGUUAAAACCCACUGCCGUCGAGUUGAUUCCGAUGCUCCUUAAUUUUUUCCAUGUAUUUUUGUUUAUUGUUAUUAUUUUAAAAUUUCUAGUAUUUUUUUGAAACUUCAAAAGUCUAAAUUAUUUUCUUGGCACAUGAUCAUGAAAUAAAAUUCUCCGUGUAGCCAAUGAAACUUGAAUAAAAAUAGUCCAUUGGAAUAUAAAAAGGUGCACGGUUUAUUGUCAUGUGAGCAUAAAUAGUUUAAAAAUGUUAAAGUACUUAGAAGGCUAUGAAGGUCAUGAGCACUAAACCAAACAAAACCCCGUUGCCAUCGAGUGGAUUCUGCCUCAUAGCAACCCUAUAGAACAGAGUAGAACUGCCCCUAUAGGGUUUCCAGUGAGCAGCUGGUGGGUUUGAACUGCUGACCUUUCGGUUAGCAGCAGAGUUCUCAACCACCACGCCAAUAGGG